UCAAGCUUGAAGAAAGGAGAUCGGUUGUUUGCAAGGCAUGCAAUUUAGGCUGCUUCUUAAAGCGCAUUUCAUCCUGUUAAAAUGCCCUCAGACCCACCUCAUAUUCCGAAGCAAUAGUGAGACUUUCAGCUGUACAAAUGAGCGCCAAAGUCAUCUCCCUCUAUUGCUGCGUGCCUGCUGCAUUUCUGCUCCUCUUUGCCCAUCUCAAUAACCCAACCACCUCCUUCCUUGGAGCCCUCCUUGAUCUUGCAACGCCUUCCCUUCCAUUUGAUUUUCUUACAGUCCAUUACUUUUCUAACUAUCAUCGCCGUCGUGGUGCGUAUAACCCGCUCUGCGACGAUUUCCCCCCGGACUUCCCUCCGCCUGACACGGCAGCAACAUCGAUCUUCUGUGUCGACCCCAAUGGCUGCUGCGACUUCACCACGGUGCAGUCCGCGGUGGACGCUGUGCCAAGGUCCAGCCAGAAGAGGAACGUUGUGUGGAUCAACAAGGGCAUCUACUUUGAGAAAGUGACGGUCCCCGCCACCAAGCCCAACAUCACAUUUCAGGGGCAGGGAUUCGAUCUGACGGCGAUCAUGUGGAACGACACCGCCAACUCGUCCCACGGAACCUUCUACAGCGCUUCGGUUUCUGUCUUCGCCGCCGGCUUUGUCGCGAAGAACAUCAGUUUCAUGAAUGUAGCACCAAUUCCAAGACCCGGUGAUGUCGGUGCUCAGGCAGUCGCUCUGAGGAUCGGCGGUGACCAGGCGGCAUUCUGGGGCUGCGGCUUCUUUGGGGCACAAGAUACACUGCACGAUGAUCGGGGCCGGCAUUACUUCAAGGAAUGUUUCAUUCAGGGCUCCAUCGACUUCAUCUUCGGAGAUGCUAGGUCACUCUAUGAGAACUGCAGAUUGAUUUCCAUAGCAGAUCCUGUGCCCGCAGGGGUGAGAUCCAUCACUGGUUCAGUAACCGCGCAUGCCCGGGAAUCCACCCAAGAAAACACCGGCUAUUCGUUUGUCAACUGCAGCAUCGGCGGCACCGGGUGGAUAUGGCUCGGGCGAGCGUGGAGACCUUACUCCCGCGUUGUAUUCGCAUACACUUCGAUGUCGGAGAUCAUCGCCUCUGAUGGAUGGAAUGAUUGGAAUGACCCUUCAAGAGAUCAGAGUGUGUUUUAUGGAGAGUACAAGUGUACUGGUGGUGGUGCAAACCUGGCGGGCAGAGCGCCGUACGCUCUCGAGCUCAGCGAUGUGCAAGCAUUGCCUUACUUGAACACGUCUUAUGUCGAUGGAGACCUAUGGCUGAAACCAUACUGCGACUCGCUAAUAUCUGCUUGAAGAAAUCAUAGAUUCGCAGUUUAAAGUCAUUCAGCACUGUAUUCUCUGACAAGCAUAUUCGAAAAAAAAAAACUCUGACAAGCAAAAGGAACAAGUUAGCACAAAUCCAUUUGUUGAAUUCUUUCAUAGGAGUACCAUAUACAGUACUCCCUCCGUCCCAAAAUAAUUGUCUCAAGCUCUUUGAUGGAGGGAGUAGUACAUUAAAUCAUCUGUGAAAAGUUCAUCAUUUGGAACUUCAGAAAUAUAUUGGUUUCGACAAAGAUUGGACUGUGCUCUGUCACGGAUCUACAUUUACUUGAGCCUGUCACAGUGGCUGUAAUAUGCAUAUACAUGAAACAAAAAACAGUCAUGGUGAAAGAAAUGAUCUCAAGACUCCAAAUUAGAUUGGAACCAGUGAGAGACAAUGAUACAUGUAUUUUUAAGAUGGGCUCUCAAGUGUGAGAAGAAAGUUCACGUUGCAAAUCGUUCUGCAUACA